UCCAACUCAGCUGGCAGCUAUUUCAGAUCUGUGGAAGGCUCCAGCAUUAACUGGCCCCUGGAGUUUUGUCUUUCAUCACUAUGCAAACAAAUAUCAGAUUUAUUUGUUUCUUCAGCCGCAGGUGUUGUAUAUUCCCUCUGGGGCCAAUUUGAAGCAUGGAUCCCAAACCUCUCAAUUCUAGAUGAUGGAUUUAAUUCCAUCUCUGCCCCUGUUAUUAUGAAUCACAUGGGGAUUAUUUCCCUUUCAUUUCCCUCCAGAGAAUUUCCCAACAAUCUCCAAGUCCAAGAACUACUUGAAUUAUCCAGGGAUCCCUCCUGAGAGGGAGAAUUAUGAUAAAAGUUUCAGCUCUGCUCUUUGGCUGAAUCCUCCAGGGGAGACUUUGGGCACAGAAAUAUGGAGUUUUGGGACAGGCAGAGUCUGUGCUCUUGAAUGUAUGUCUCUCUCCUUUCCAGGUGAAGCUGAGUGUUUCUCUGUGUUUGAAGAAGGAAAGCAACUGGAUAUUCCACCUUGUGAGAGUCCUUUGAUUCUUCUAAAUCUUCUUUAGAAAUAGGAAAGAGAUUGACUGAUUGAUCCAUGAAUUAUGGACCUCCUGCUUCUGCCUCUGAUGCUGCUUUUGUCCCAUUCAGUCUCUGGGAAGCUGAGAAUGAAAUGCCAGCUGAGUUUGGAGAACCAGAAUGGAAAACAACCACAGAGCUACUACAGACCAGGAGACCAUCUCAUUGGACUUCUUACGAAUUUUUUUCUUGCUUACUAUUCAUUUUCAACAUUCAACUGGCCAACAAGAAUUCCCAUCUCUUGCACAAUCUCACACUUGGCUACAACAUCCAUAACAACUAUGGGAGCACUUUCCACACUUCAGAUGCCUUGCUGGACAUGCUCUCCACUGGAGAAGCCAAUGUCCCCAACUACAGCUGUGGAAGGAAGGAGAACCUCCUGGCUCUUCUUGAUGGAGAGAAGAGAGAGAUCUCCAUCCAAACGUCAACAUUAAGAGGCACCUACAAAGUCCCGCAGAUCAGUCAUGACAUUGCUUCAGAGGCUCUGAGUGAUAAAAGUCAAUUCCCCUUUUUCCACCAUAUUCUCCCCAAAGAAGGAUUCCAGUACCCAGCAAUUGUCCACCUGCUCCUCCAUUUCAGAUGGACCCUGAUUGGUCUCUUUGCUUCUGACACAGAGAAGGGAGAGAAUUUCAUGAGGAUUGUUACUCCUGUGCUUGUCAGGAAUGGAAUUUGUGUGGUUAUAUCACAACGAUUCUCAACAACUGGAUACACAACAGCCCUCAGGGAUUCCCUCUCUAAGUGGAGACAAAUCAACGUCUUUGUUCACUUCAUGGAAAUGGAUUCCAUUUGGGGCAGAAUUCUUCCUUUCCAUUUAACAUUUAUGCGUCUGCCAGGACCCAUUGAAGGGAAAGUCUGGAUCCUCACAAAUUUGAUAGGGUAUAAAAUGAACAAACGCAGACUUCUCAAAUACAUCCAUAGUAUUUGGAACUUUGGUUAUCUGGCAAAAGAAAGGCCAAAAGAUUCUGCCUUUGAACCCCGUUUCUUUGUGGAAGGAAAGUUUCAAGAUUAUUAUUUCCGCUGUUCUCUUUCAAAGAACGUCUUUUCUGUCAAAGGACGCAGAAGAUGCACCCAGAAAGCCCCACUGGAGUCCCAGGAGAAAAGGAACAAGAUGUGGGGCCCAAAUUACUACCAUCAUUACAGUAUGAUGAAGACUCUGGCCCAGGCCUUAAAUGCCGCUUAUUCCUCCAGAUUGAGGAGGGGAAGGAAGGGGGGAGAAAAGACUUUGGGGUCUCCAACGCUGCAGCCGUGGCAGUCCCUGCCUCAGUCCAAAUGUGUGGAAAGUUGUCAUCCUGGAUUUGUCAAGAGGGCUCGAGAAGGAGAGCCAGUUUGCUGCUACGACUGCGUUCCUUGUCCGGAGGGGACCUUCUCCACUCAGGAAGAUACCGAAAAAUGCACCAAGUGCCCAGAUUAUAAAUACCCAAAUAAGGACCGAGUUCAAUGUAUCCCCAAAAUUAUAACCUUCCUGUCUUAUGAAGAACAUCUGGGCAUCAUCCUGGUUUCUUUUGCCCUUCUCUUCUUCCUAACCACAGGCCUUGUUUUAAUCAUCUUUAUUAGAUACCGAGAAACUCCCAUUGUCAAAGCCAACAACCGGGACCUCUCCUACAUCCUCCUGGUCUCCCUCCUGCUUUGCUUCUUGUCUCCUUCUCUCUUCAUUGGUCAACCAAGGAAAGCCACCUGCCUUCUCCGACAAAUGGUUUUCAGCACCAUCUUCUCAGUUGCCGUUUCUUCUCUCUUGGCCAAAACCAUCACGGUGGUGCUGGCUUUCCUGGCCACAAAACCAGGAAACCGAGUGAAGAGAUGGUUGGGGAAGAGCUUGGCCAACUCCAUCAUUCUUUGUUCUUCUGCUGUCCAAAUUCUCAUCUGCUCUAUCUGGCUGGGAGUUUCUGCCCCCUUCCCUGACUCUGACCUCCACUCCCAGCCUGGAGAGAUCAUCCUGCAAUGCAACGAAGGGGCCGUUGUCAUGUUCUACGUCACCCUCAGCUACAUGGGCUUCCUGGCUGCCAUCUGCUUCACGGUGGCUUUCCUGGCCAGGAACCUGCCUGGGGCCUUCAACGAAGCCAAGCUGAUCACCUUCAGCAUGCUGGUCUUCUGCAGUGUCUGGGUGACUUUUGUGCCCACCUACCUGAGCACCAAAGGGAAAUACAUGGUGGCUGUGCAGGUCUUCUCCAUCCUGGCCUCCAGUGCUGGUCUGCUGGGCUGCAUCUUCAUCCCCAAGUGCUACAUUAUCCUUCUGAGGCCAGACCUCAACACAAAGGAGCAGCUCACAGCCAGAACAAAUGUAAAAACAUGAGAUAUAACACCAUUGUGAUAUUGAAAGAAUUGUUAAAAGUUUCUUUUAUUUGAAAGGAGAUAUUAAUUCUUUCCAUUUAGAUAGUAUGCAGGAAAAGAAAAUCAUAUCUAUAUGUUUCAAAAUGGGAUUGUUGAAUGACUGGAAUUCUUCUAGCUCUCUUCCCUUUCAGCUCAAUAAAGAGAACUCUGUAAGAGUCAUUCAGUGAAAUUUGCUGUUCAGCAACAGCUACUGAAUGUGACACCUUAUAAAAAAUAAUUUGGGCACUUGUUCCUACAGCUAAAAGUGUGUGUGAGAGAGAGAGAGCAGGAAAAGAGGCCAGGAGGAAGCUGUGGGAACCAGCCUGGUUGCCUGAUCCUCUCCGUGAGAAUGAUGGAAUGAUGUGAAAUGCCAUGUUUGACUGGCUCUCAGCUGGGGAGGGAAAUCUUCAUCCCUCUUAUAUAAUUCUUUCUUGAUUUCCUCAUAAAAACCUCCUUUGCAGAAAGUGUUCAGCAGAAGAGCUUCUGGGAUUUCAGUUUGGGAUUGGUUUGGGGUUUUUUUCGUAUGUGCUUCACACCAAAUUAAUAAAUAAAUAUUAAAGUGUAUUAAGAAA